GAGAGAUGCGUGAUCUCGUCAUAUAUUCAGUGCGUUCUCUCGAUACCGCUGGAGACCUCACGAGUAGCGGUGCUACUUACAGACCGCCCACCUACACCACAUUUGUGUCUUUGACUUUUUCCUUUGAGCACGCAGACGUGAGAUGUUCGCAGGAUAAGGAUGAAUUCGUUGGCAGUAUCGGCGUUAAAACAGCUGCUUCCGUUCUCAGCUCUGGAUGCAGCAGAUGAUUGUGUUGUAGCACCGACUGCUGUAAGAAACUGUGAUGUUUCUUUCCCGUAAGUGCUCUUAUUAGCAGUUUUGAUCUGUGAUUGAAGAUGCCGAGGUUCCAGCAUUUAAACAGCACUAGUAUACCAAAUCACAAUUAUGAAUGGAGUUACGAAUACUACGACGACGAAGAACCCGUGUCUUUUGAGGGACUCAAAGCACAUCGAUAUUCCAUUGUGAUCGGCUUUUGGGUGGGUCUUGCAGUUUUUGUCAUUUUUAUGUUUUUUGUUCUGACUCUUCUGACCAAAACAGGAGCGCCACACCCAGAGGCCGCAGAGCCUUAUGAGAAACGAAUGCGUCUCACAAGCUGCGCUGAGGGUCUGGGCCGCCAACGUGAGGCAGACACCCGAACGAGUCUCUCUCGCCCAUUGCUGGAAGAGUCCCGGUCUUUUUUUCACUGUUACAUAAACGAAGAAGAGCGAGAAGGAGGCAGGGCCACUGUUGGUGCCGCCCAUGGACGUACAGGCAGUGGCGACUCUAGAGACCAGGUGGAAACGGUCGGCCUAGUCGUGCAAAGCAUGGUCAUGGACACCAGGGCGGAACGAGAGGCAGCGCUCUUGGCGCAUUUUAACAUCCCCAACUUCGUGAACUCAGAACUGAACUCUGCGUUGGGGGAUGAAGAUUUACUACUGGGCGAUCCACCAAUCAUAAUGGAGGAGGCCCGUCCACGCUGUACCCAUCAUAUCAUUGACUAAACCACCAGUUUAAAGAUGGCCUUUUUCACUCAUUAUGGCUCCAUUAUUGUCUUCAACUCAGCCUGUGAUCUCUAAAAGUGAAGAGUGAUGGUGUUUUGUUUCAAAAGCUCUGCUUUUGCAGCGCACGCUUUAAGGCUGAGCUAUUUUCUGACAUCUGGGGUCUACAGUGACUCAUGAUGUCAGUCUGCAAGAUAAAAAAAGGUGAGAAUGCACGUAUGGGAUUUGGCGAAUGUGUUCUUGACAGUGUGUCUAAAAGACUGUUGGGAGAAAAUGAAAAACAAUGAAAUCAAGGACAAGGAUGUUGUUUCCGGUUGUCGGAAGACAUUCCAGUAAAUCGCAAUGCCUUAUUAGUUCAUACUUCAUUUCAACUAUCAGCAUGAUUAAAAAAAUCUCUUGAUGUGCAUUAGGAAGAUGCUUUAUGCAGCACUGUACUCGUGCAGCCUAAUGGCAAAAUUGCAGCAAACUGCCUGGUUCUCUGACCUUGUUAUGUGAGCAAAUGCCUGAGUAGAAAAUAGCUUGCUGUCUGCACCUGUCAACUGAAUCAGUGGCUUUCUGCAGAAUAUCUGCAAUAUACUUGCAUACUAACUCUCUGUAAUUGUCUGAAUACAGCUGUCUGAGCUGCCGGAGCAAUUCAGUUCUGUCUCCCAUUUUAUUGAACACCUACAUGCCAAUAAAAUUUAGUGCAAAUCUUCCCCUGGAGAAACUUUCACAUAAAUCCACACCUGAAAGAAAGCUCACAUUAUACAGCUUGUGUUAUUACUUUUUGACACGGCCUUUCAGCUGACAGAUUAUAAAAUAGGAGAAAAAUCAAAUAGACGUACUUUGAGGGACCAAUAUAGAGAACAGAAUGUCUUUUAACGUGGAUUAGAAAGUUGCUACUUAUCAACCACUCAGAAAACCUUAGCGACCACUUAGCAAUGUCCUGGCAACAACUGAGAACACUCAGGUGACGAGAAAGCACCACUUAUUUCUUCAGAAGUAAAAAAACCCAAAACAAUAAUAAUAAUAAUUUAAAAAAAGUGUUUAAAAUACUGUUGUAGUUUAUAGUACAGAAUUAUGAGAUUGUGUACAAGGUUUUAACCUUUUUAAAAUUCAGGCCGAUUAUUACUAUUAUUACAGUACAUGUCAUUAUUAUCUAUCAACAAAAUAAAAAUGAGCACUGAUGAAAACUUUGCCUGAGGAAAAAUUAAAAAUGAAAUGACUCAUGAUUUACAGAGUGACAUUAUUUCACCUUCAAACUUGCAGAAAAAUUAUUAAUAAUUUAGACAGGUGACAGCUAAGGACAGCUUUGAACCGACAUCAGAAGUUACACUACCUGAAGAUUGGCAGGUUUUCAGUACAGCAUUUAUUCUGAAUCAUUAAUAGAAUUUAUUUUUUCUGGUUAUGCAAAUUUCAUUUUUGAAAGGCAGUGAUUUUGCUUUUAUCAGGUAAAUUUGCCACAUAAAUUCUUUAUACCCCACAGCUUCUUCUCAAAUGUAUACUGUGUGCCCAAUUAAAUUAUAUUUUGUCAGGA